UCAACAUUUUCAUUAGUCUUCGGGAAUUACUACUCCCACUCAGUCAUCGUAAUGAAGAGGUUUUUGGUGAUUCUGUGCAGUACUCUAGUGGUGACCAAUGCCCAACUGCCGAGCUUUGGCUUCGGUCCAAGUGGAUUUGGGGGCUUUUCGCUGUCGAACCCCCUGUUCAACGCUUCGUUUACGCCUGCAAAUCCAGUAGAUCGCAUAUCGAAUAUUGCAUCAAGAUUUCGAGAUGUGGCGAACACUGUGCAACAGAGCCUGCCGAGAUUACCGCAGCUUCCGAAUCCUCUAACGGCGUUUUCGCGAUUCGCAAGACCGUCCAGUUCAAGUGGUUCGACAAAUUCCAACACGAACACCAAUGAAAAUCACAAUAGUAAUACGAACGGGAAUGAUAACGGCAGUGGAGCCGGUAGAAAUGCGAUAAACGAAGUGCUAAAUCGCAUACCGGGGUUGUCGGGGCUACCACGCGUGCCUGGUAUACCGCAGAUACCGAGAGUACCGGAGAUACCCAAGAUACCAGGAAUACCAAGUAUUCCAGGUCUACCUAAUUUUGGAAACGCAAGUGAUGUGUUCAAUUCGAUUGUAAACUCUUUGAGCAAUAUGACUAAGCAAGGCGGCAACGAUCCUGGUCAGAUAUUCAAUCAGGUGAACCGAUAUUUGCCUGACGUAUCACGCGUAAUCAACGACAUUGCAAAUUUCACGAGAUCCGCUGCCAAUUCAGGAGUCUGGAAGAACAUAUCCAAUGACAUCAAGAAUGAAAUUCAACAUAGAAUCAAUUCUAUGACUGAAAGAGUUUCGAACAUAACUUCUGCCAUGAAGAGUAUCGCUCAAAGUCUACCCAAUUUGAUCAGGGAUCAAAGCCUCAACACUACUCUACGAAACCAACCGUUCUUCUUCCCUGGACAUUCGGGAAUCGUUCACCUGUUCGAGUGGAGAUUUGACGAUAUUGCUGAAGAAUGCGAGAAAGUGUUGGGUCCUAACGGGUAUGGUGGUGUCCAGGUGUCGCCGAUCAACGAGUACCUGAUAUCGCCUUCACGUUCAUGGUGGGAAAGAUAUCAGCCGGUUUCUUUCGAAAUCAAAUCACGAUCUGGCAACGAGAAACAGUUCUCGGAUAUGGUAAAGCGGUGUAUGAAGGCAGGCGUUCGAGUCUACGUAGACGUUGUGGUUAAUCAUAUGGCUGCUCCAGGGGCUUCAUCACCACUGUAUGGCACUGCUGGGUCAACGUGUGAUCCAUUGGCUAGGGACUAUCCGAGUGUACCGUUCAACAGGUCCCAUUUCCACGCGGAUUGUCAGAUUAACAACUACAACAACGCGACCAAUGUUCGGAACUGUGAGCUAGUUUCCCUUCCGGAUCUGGACCAAUCGAAUAGCUUUGUUCGUGAGCAGAUUAUCGGGUAUUUGAACCAUCUGCUUGAUCUCGGUGUAGCCGGGUUUAGGAUGGACGCUUGCAAACACAUGCGGCCGGAAGAUCUAAAAGUCAUCUACGAUAGACUUAACGCAGUUAACCCAAUGUUCCUAUUUCCACCUGGUGCAAGGCCAUUUAUCUAUCAAGAAGUAAUCGACCUUGGCGGUGAAGCAGUUUCCGCAAGCGAAUAUACCGACCUCGGAGUUGUAACGGAGUUCAACUGGUGCAUAGUUGUUGGAGGUGUUUUCCGGGGUACUGUCGAUGCAAACGCCCUUGAAAUACUUACAAAGAAUGGUUCAUCUGGAGCACUUCUUCCGUCCAGUCAGGCCCUUGUGUUUGUAGACAACCACGACAAUCAACGAGGUCAUGGAGCUGGAGGUGAUUCUAUCCUGAACUAUAAGACCAAACCGCAGUACAUUCAGGCUGUGGCUUUCACGCUUGCUACUGACUACGGCAUAGCGAGAGUUAUGAGUUCAUAUGAUUUCUCGAACUCUGAUCAAGGUCCUCCGCAAGAUUCAGAUGUACAGAUUAUACUAUCGCCUGGAUUUCCAGCAAAUGGCUCAUGUAACAACGGUUGGGUAUGUGAACAUCGCUGGCCAGAGAUCAAGAGAAUGAUUCAGUUCAAGAACUUCGUUGCCGAUUCCCCGUUGGAUCACAUCCAGUCAACAAAAUACACGUUUGCUUUUUGCCGAGGAGAGAAGGGUUUCAUCGUUUUCAACAAUUCCGAGGACACGAUAACGCAAGUGUACCAUACAUGUCUUCCACAGGGUCAGUAUUGCGAUAUCAUAUCCGGAGAAGUUUCUCAAGGAACUUGUACUGGAACGACUAUCAAAGUGGAUGCAAAUGGUGAUGCAGAAAUAACGCUCACCAAGAAUUCUGUAGUCGCUCUUUAUGUGCCUUCGAAGCUUUGAUAACAAAAUAAUUAAACGCUUGCGGAACUAAUCAUUAGGAUUUAUUGGUUCAAAUAAAGUCAUAUGGUGAUGGGAUCGAA